AUGCACAGUGCUAGCCAAAGCUACUAUAUGAACAAGGAUUUUCAGACACCAGAGGAGACCUCCACUACCGCGAUACAAUACGAGAUUAGGACAACAUCAGCAGUUACCAACCCUCUUGUUUACCCAGUUAGCGACGUCUCCAAUAUCUUUGAGGAAUCAGUAUCACCAACCUCUUCGGCCCCGUCAACAGCCAUUUCGAGCCUGUGCCGGACCGAUAGCUCCAGUGCAUCACAGACCGAAACUGCCACCAGCAUUGGGAGCUCAAACUCUGCGGACGAGCCCUCCCACCUAAGCUCAGUAGACCUCAACAUGAUGCUGGCUGUGAGCCCAGAACACGCUAAGCCUUCCACCCUCACAAGUACAUUCCUCACCUCUCCAAUGCCUACUGUUAUUGAUGCGGACACGGGGCCCAGGGGCACUGGCUCAAGCGAACAGGGCAGCAAUAACCGGCAAGAGGAGGGAGAUGGGGGUGGAAGUAGGGAAGGCAUAGAGGCAGACUGGUCUACAUCCCACCGACAUGGGCCGACCUUUGAGGAUUUGAGGCGGACAGCAAACCUUUUUGGGCAGCUCCGUCAGGCCAGGGAUGAGGCUGAGAGAGCCGGGCAACCGAUCGAGGACGAGGAUGAGGUGGCACAAGUGAUUUUGAGCCACCAGAGUGCGAGCCAGUGGUGGGGAAACAACACGGAAAGUGACCUGGUUCUGGAGGAGUGA